ACGACUUCAACGUAUUAUACUGAUUUUAUCGAACGUUCGAAGAAGCGUCCAUUUGGUGUGUUUUUAUUUUCCCUUGCUCAAACCGUGUAUAAUUGAAUGUAUUUUGGAUAAUUUUACAACCCCAACCGAAGAAUAACAACCGCCCUGCUAUUGUACAACAGAAUUGAACGAAAAUGUCAACGAAAAAACCAGUUGUGGUGGAGGCAGUUCUUCCAGAGGAUAAUACUCUCGCAACGCGAAGUGGAAUCUGGCGGACGAUUAUGGAUGCCUUUCUUGGCCGGUUCCUGUCGCCCAACCAGCGCUUUCCGGUGAACGUUUUCAAAUGUCCUCGUCACUGUCAGACAGUUAUCGAGGAGCAGUUAAAGCUGUGCUUCAGAAAAAUCCUGCACGUCAUACGAACCGUCGGUGGAUGGUUCGAGCUGAAGAAUCGCAAACGAAAGUUUCAGCAUGAAGACACCGGCGACAGGAAUCGUAAAUUUUCCGGUGAACCGGCUAGGAAAUACUCGAAAACAGACGAAUCGAAAGAUUUCAAGUUUAACGAUGAUAUAGACUGCCUUUACGGUGAACUGAGUGACGACGACCAGCCGGCUAACGAAGUGGAGUCCAGCGACGGGGACGAUUCCGAUCAGGAAAAUCGGGAGGAAAUGAAUAAACAGCUUUCGGUCGUGGUGAAAAAGCGUAAAAGAAAGUGGCAACGAACCGGCUUGUCCAAGCUGAUGGCAAGCAUAGAGGAUCAAAGUCAGCAGUUUAACAUGCUGAGUCAGGAGAAGGUAGAGAACUGGCUGUCGAGUCAGUUUGAUGGGAUUGUUAGGGAGAUGACACAGGGGCAGGAGACCGUGAUGUCGGAACGAAACGAGGACGGGGACAAAAUGCGGUUCCAUCGAAAGCAGCAGCUAACCGUUUCUAGCAAGGACGAUGAAGAUUCGCUGUUCUCCGUCGACACGGCGAAAUACAUUCUUUCAAACCGUGGCAAAAAUAACAGCUACAGCAAGUUGCGUGUAACCACCACCAUUCAGCAGUAUACACUUGCAACCCGAAACACAAACGGACAAAUGCACCCUAAACUACACUCGAUCAGUACUUUUCCGGCUAUCGAUGAGGAACAUCUGCCGGCUUUGGGACUGAGUCGAAAGAUUUCUAAAUCGGAUUCGUUCUUCGAAACCGGAGAAAAUCAGGACAUAAUCAAUUCAGCAGAACGGACGUUAUCAUUGCAACCCGCAAAACCAACACCACCAGCUGAAGUAGGAAAAAGUAGUAAGCGAAAGAAGGUGUUCAAGAAGACAAUGAAAAAGAAGGCGAAGAAUCGAAAAAGUCCAAAGUCCUCGAAAGCGUCGAGUGCGUCGCAGGAAUUCGAACAGGCCCUGCAGAGUGGUUCACGCGUCAAGAAAGGGCCAUUGAUCAAAUCCAAGAAAAAGCAAAUUCGUUGGCAGGAAACCAGCUACUUGGAGCAGAGCCACCGUAAGAAAACCGACGAAGACGGGAACAUGAGCAGCAGUAGCAGCGAGCCAGAUGAGGUAUUUACCCGGUCCAAGCCAAAGCAAGUGACACCUCCAAAGCGGGAGCUUCGACGCCGUAGCAACACCGUAGAGUCUGAUACAUCACCAAGGAAAAAAUCCAAUUCACCACGACAGAAGUCCACUGUUCAGAUUCUGCUGGAUCCGUUUAAUGCGAUUUGUUUGAGCCCUUCAAAAAAGCAUCCCAAAUCACGAGAACGGCUUGAUUUUACCACUCAAAUCGAUCAAACCACGAAUAUGACGGCUCUGUUCAUUGCCGGAAACGACAAAAUAACAAACUCGACCGAAAUCAAUAAUGUGACGUCAGUUCCGGUGAAUUAUGCAAACACUACCACCGCCAGCACCGGUCGCGGUUGGGGUUUCCCCGAUAAAUCUCGCUGUUUGGUGAUUUACAAGCCACGUCAAAUCGAGUUGAACUGCUCGGCUGAAGAACGAGUUCGCAUCACGAUGGACGAUCUGGAUCUGACCAAGGUGACUAAACAGCGCCACCUCGAUAAAUUCAAGAAAUUUAAUUACGUCAUCCACCCAAACUCCACCGUUCGGUUUUAUCCUUCGGACUCGGAGGAAGACAUACCACGAACGGGACAAAGUACAGCUACCUCAAUGUCGGAUGAGGACGAAAGUUUUGACGAGGAUGACCCGAUCUUGACAUUUAAUCCACGGAACACCGACCGGCUGAAUGUGAUGGAGUGUCCGUACAAUUGAACUCAGAAGGAGGUUCCCGACAGGCGCAUCUGCCAGCUGCAAUGUACAUCUUGUUUUCCUUUAUAAGAGAAAAAUUAAUAUUUACUACAUAAGAUUUUAGGAAGAAAUUUGACAUUUCGCAA